ACGGAAGACGGCAGGAAAAUCGCUCUCCGUCUGGUUGAGGAAGCAGACGGACUAUUGUUUAUGUUUUUAUCCGAAAAUAACCUAUAAAGCACAGAGAAAUGACUUUAAUAUAACGGCGAUCGGCGGAAUAAUUCGAAACAAUCCAAGCUGUGCGUUUGUUUUAGAGGAGUGUUUUAUAUUUUGUGGGAUUUUUUAUAGGUUGUGUGUGUGUGUUGUUAAGAUUUAAGGCCAGUUCAAGCACAAAUUAUCAAUUGUGAUUAAAAUUACAGUCAGAGGAGCUUCAGACACAGAGAACAGAUCAUCAAAAAUAUAUUUCGUCAGUUUUUUCAGCUGCAGUGCCCGGCAGAAGCUGUCCACCGUCCCUUUGGUUACCGGUUGUUCAGGGAUUUUUUAGUUAGUUUAUCAUGUACGCCGUACCUCCGGGAACAGCUGUGCCAGGAAACCGAAGAAGGCGGGCGGGCACGGCUCUACCCAAACAGCCAGAGCGGAGCCUGGCGUCUGCGCUGCCCGGGGCUCUCUCCAUCACUGCACUGUGUACGGCUCUAGCAGAACCAGCCUGGCUCCGUGUUCACGGAGGAAGCUGCCCCAGACAAGAGCUCGGUGUCACUGACGUCUUGGGAUACAUCGAUGAGAAACUUAUUGAGGAUUUCUGCAUCAACUCUCAGUCUGUUCUACUCUUUAGGGUCAUUGCUGCUUUCUGUUUCUUGGGUAUUCUGUGCAGCUUGACCGCAUUUCUGCUGGAUGUUUUUGGACCCAAACAUCCAGCUCUGAAGAUCACACGCAGAUACGCCUUCGCUCACAUUCUCACAGUGCUCCAGUGUGCCACGGUGAUCGGUUUCUGCUACUGGGCCUCUGAACUCAUCCUGUCCCUGCAACAGCAACACAAGAAGUAUCACGGUUCGCUCAUCUACGUCACGUUUGCCAUCAGCUUCUACCUGGUGGCCGGUGCUGGCGGAGCUUCAAUUUUAGCCACAGCGGCCAACCUGCUCCGUCAUUACCCCACCGAGGAGGAGGAGCAAGCGCUGGAGCUCCUGUCAGAGAUGGAGGACAGCAAUGAAACAUACCCGGUUGACUACGACAUCGCCAACCAGUUUCAGCCUCCACCUGCGUACACACCCUGAUCACCACCCGCUGUUUCUUUCUCCACGCGCGCUCACCGCUCGACGCCACUUCUGCCCUUACGUGCCACCAUUAGCCUUGAAAAGACUGAGAGACGUACAGAUUUUAGGUUCCCGUUAUAAAAAGUAAUAUAUGUAUAUUCAGUAUUCCGGAGCGCCUUCGUCCACACACUUAAAGUUUUCCUUUCGUCUGGCAGAGCUUGUGCGCAUGGAAUAAAACAAAGAGAAUAAUAAUGGCAGUGCUUAUAGAAUUUCUGAUGGUAGUUUGCAUGUAUCUGGCAGCGAAAACUCCCACACAGAUUUAGAAAAAUAAAACAUAUUUUUGGCACGCUUUAUUACCUAAAGACUUGCGAAGCGUCGCUGUGCUUAUUGAAGAUGUGUUUACAGCCUCUUUGGUAAACUAAACUUGGGGAAUUAUGAAAGUCUCUAUGUUGUUUUAUGUUUCAUCAUCUUUAACUUCUCUUUUUUU